UCAAUGUCUACUUUCAUCUGAAAGUAAAAAAAAAAAUAACUCUUCAAUAAAAAUUACUUAAGCAAGAAAUAAAAAAAAAACAUGGGUCUCAAGGUGAUUCAAGCUGCAUGGAUGUUGUUCUAUGUAGCAUAUGUUGUUGUUAGCGUCCAGAGCGCUGAAUUUAACGUCAAAACCUAUGGAGUUAAAGGUGAUGGUACAUCCGAUGAUAGUGAGGCAAUUCUUAAAGCAUGGGCAGAUGCAUGCAAAGCAACAGAUAAAAGCACUCUUGUAGUUCCUGCAGGAAAGUACAUGGUAGGUCCCAUGAAGUUGAUGGGCCCAUGUGGGAAUCCCAUAACUUUUCAAGCCGAUGGUGCAACUUUUAUUGCACCAACUGAUCUCACAAGGUUUAAAGGACAAGAUGGGUGGAUCCUUUUCUAUGGCAUUGAAGGUCUCACUAUCUCCGGUGGUACUCUCGACGGUAAGGGACAAGACGCUUGGAAAGCAAACAACUGCAAGAAGAGUUUCAGCGGAAAUUGCAAAUUCCUCCCCAUUAACUUGAAUUUGGGAGGAUUGACAAACGCGGAAGUGAAAGGCGUAACUUCUUUGGACAGCAAAUUUUUCCACAUGAACGUCAUCCAAGGUAAGAACGUGACCCUUAGUGACAUCACCAUCACGGCACCGGCCGACAGCGCGAACACUGACGGCAUCCACAUUGGUCGCUCUGACGGAGUUUCAAUCCUCGGUGCAACCAUAAAGACCGGUGAUGAUUGUGUAUCUCUUGGGGAUGGUGCCAAGCAGGUUAACAUCGAGAACGUGAAUUGCGGGCCAGGCCACGGGAUCAGCAUCGGAAGCUUAGGAAAGUACAAGGAUGAACAGCCGGUGGAAGGAGUGACCGUGAAGCACUGCAUCCUAACCAACACAGAUAACGGCGUGAGAAUUAAGACAUGGCCGGCGUCACCAGAAGGGACGGCCUCCGGCAUGCACUUCGAGGACGUGACCAUGGAGAACGUAAGCAACCCGAUAUUGAUUGACCAAGAAUACUGCCCAUGGAACCAAUGCACCGCCGGUGUUCCAUCCAAAGUGAAGAUCAGUGACGUCAGCUUCAAGGGCAUUAAGGGUACGUCUGCUACAAAAGUGGCUGUGAAACUCGCCUGCAGCAAAGGAGUGCCGUGCGAGAAGGUAGAGGUGGGUGAUAUCAAUUUGGAAUACAAAGGAACCAAUGGCACCGCCAUCUCUGAAUGCAACAACGUCACACCUACGCUCACUGGCAAACAAUUCCCUGCUAUUUGUGCGCCUGGUGCGGCCGCAGCCCCAGCUUAAAUAAAUAACUAUAUUUAACCAUAACACCAAUUAAUUAAUAACAAGAUAUAUAGUUAAUAUAAAUAAUUUAUUGUAUUAUAUCGGCUAGCAUGUUUUGAUACAUGUAUAGAAAGAUCAGAGAGGUUGAGUGAAUGAGGCAAAUUCAUUCACUACUCCCUUAGUGUAAUGUUUAAUUUGUAUGCACGACUGAGUGGUGAUAUAUGUCGUUAUUAGUUUAUCAUUGCAAAG